AUGGAAUCAACAGACAAAAUUAUCAAAGUAAAUUUUUCUGAAGUGGACAUAUUUAUUCUCCUGGGAUUUUCUGACCAAUCUAACAUAAAAUCAUUACUCUUUUGUAUUUUCUUAAUCAUCUACACAAGUAUCUUAAUAGGAAAUGGUCUUAUCAUUCUAAUAAUCAAGUUUGAUCAAGCUCUUCAAAUCCCCAUGUAUUUUUUCCUUGGGAACUUUUCCUUCUUGGAAAUCUGCUAUACAUCAGUGACUCUUCCCAGAAUGCUAAAAGACUUUUGGAACAAGAACAGAGAUAUUUCUUUACUGGCUUGUGCUAUUCAAUUAUGUUUUUUUCUCAUUCUUGGAGUUACAGAGUGUUUACUACUGACUGUGAUGGCAUAUGACCGUUAUGUUGCCAUUUGUAAGCCCUUAUACUAUCCUCUCAUAAUGAAUCACAAGACAUGUGUCCAACUUGUUUUGGGUGCCUGGAUUAGUGGAAUUCCAAUUCAGAUAGGACAGGUAUACCAGUUAUUUUCAUUGACCUUCUGUGAUUCAAACAAACUUGAUCAUGUUUUCUGUGACUUCCCCCCACUACUGAAGCUAGCCUGUGGGGACACAACUAUGAAUGAAAUUACAUUUUAUGCUGAUGCUUUGCUGUUUGGUGUGGUUCCUUUUGUCUUGAUACUUAAUUCAUAUAUCAGGAUCAUCACUACAAUCCUAAGGCUUCCAUCAGAGUUGGGGAGAUCCAAAGCUUUUUCCACAUGUUCAUCUCACCUAAUUGUUGUCAGCUUAUUCUUUAUUUCUGCUUUCAUUUCAUACUUUCAACCCAAGUCUAAUCAUUCAAGAGGAACAGGAAAAGUGUUUUCCCUUUUUUAUACUAUUGUUACUCCAUUGUUUAAUCCUAUGAUAUACAGCCUAAGAAACAAGGAUUUCAUAAUAUCAAUUAAAAAAUUGUUAUCUUGA